UCUCAAUAAACAACGUUUUCAAAACAAAGCGCACCUCGGAGCGGCUGUGUCGGGACCUCUUUUUUGGAUUUCGGGAUGGCGUGGACGAAAUACCAGCUGUUCCUGGCGGGACUCAUGUUAACAACAGGCUCCAUUAACACCUUAUCGGCCAAGUGGGCCGACAUGUUCUCUGCUAAAGGCUGCCACGACGGCGCGGAACACCAGUUCUCUCACCCGUUUGUACAGGCCGUCGGGAUGUUUCUCGGCGAGUUGAGCUGCCUCGCCGUCUUUUACAUCCUGCUGAGUCACGACAGACGCAGGUCCGAGCCCAAGAUGAACCCGGGCCAGAGCUUCAACCCUCUGCUCUUCCUCCCUCCCGCCAUGUGCGACAUGACGGCCACCUCCAUCAUGUAUGUGGCCCUCAACAUGACGAGCGCCUCCAGCUUCCAGAUGCUCCGGGGCUCCGUCAUCAUCUUCACCGGCCUGCUGUCGGUGGCCUUCCUGCGGCGCCGCCUGAUGGCCAGCCAGUGGCUGGGCAUCCUGGUCACCAUCCUGGGCCUGGUGGUGGUGGGCCUGGCCGACUUCGUCAGCGGGAACAAGGACGACAAGCACAAACUCAGCGACAUCAUCACGGGAGAUCUUCUGAUCAUCAUGGCUCAGAUCAUCGUCUCGGUGCAGAUGGUCCUGGAGGAGAAGUUCGUCUACAAACACGACGUUCACCCACUGCGAGCGGUCGGCACUGAAGGAUUCUUCGGCUUCGUCGUGCUGACGCUGCUGCUCAUCCCCAUGUACUUCAUCCCGGUGGGCAGCUUCGGCGGCAACCCCCGGCAGGUCCUGGAGGACGCGCUGGACGCCUUCUGCCAGAUCGGCCACAAGCCGCUCAUCCUGCUGGCGCUGCUGGGAAACACGGUCAGCAUCGCCUUCUUCAACUUCGCCGGCAUCAGCGUCACCAAGGAGAUCAGCGCCACCACGCGCAUGGUGCUGGACAGCCUGCGCACGCUGGUCAUCUGGGCGGUGAGCCUGGCGCUGGGCUGGGAGGCCUUCCACGGCCUGCAGGUGCUGGGCUUCCUCAUCCUGCUGGUGGGCACGGCGCUCUACAACGGGCUGCACCGCCCCCUGCUGGCCAGGAUACCGUGCUGCGCCGCCCUGGCCGGCGAGGAUGGCGACGCGGAGGAAACGGAGAGGCUGAUGGGUAACGGCCGAGCGCCGGCGGACGGCGACAGCUAAGAGCGGCGGACUUAUUGAGACGGGGACUGUCUUUAUGUUUCAUGCGUAUUUUAGCUGAACAGUUUUUUCUAGAGAGGUGAUAAAUAUGUUAAAUUUAAGAAACGGAACACAAGUGGAAUCUCAAUCUGAAUCCAGCAGAACGCUGCCAGCCUGACGAAUCACCGCCAUGAAAUCACAGUCUGCUGUUUUCUGCACUUUAUGUUUGUUUGGAUCAAACUGAACGAGACGUGGUGUGUUGACCUCGGUACCUUUACAGGAGCUGGAGGUCACAUGGUGUCGCCUUCUUUCUUCUUUUCAUCCUGAACGUAAUUCAACCUGCUGCAGUCGUACUGACAUACCAACUGUUGGCCUAGAAGAGGUUUUCCUUUAAUCUUAAGAUGUUUUACUGUCAUGGACGAGGCUCUCGGCCUUCCUGAAUAUUCUUUCUAUCACAAAAACAAACUUGAACUGACAGACUUUUUUUUUUAUUGUUGUUUAGUGCCAAAUCACACAAGCACAGAUUCAUGAAAACGGAACAUUUUUAAAGCAUCAUCACAUUGUUUUAAAUAAUAUUUUCAAUAUUUCUCUCAGUGGUGAUUUUAUGUGACGUGUUCAUCCUGAUCCUAAAGGGUUUUGUGUUUUUAUUUUAUUUUUUUUUAUCAAUGUUGCCAACUGUAGGGUUUGAUUCAUCAUGCAGAUGAGUCGACUUUCCUGUGGCAACUCGAUGGAGGCAUUAUUUCAGCAGUUCUCUGGUACUCCAGCUGUUCUUCAACCUCAGAGUAUUCUGAAGAAGGUUUUUGAAAAGACACUCGGUACAUUUGCUCUUUGACUCUUUCUUUUCUUGUGUACGCAGAUGUGAAUCUUUGUUGGGCCGUUCAGGGUGUUGGCUGUGAUGCACUGUGACACAAAAGGGAACCGACAUUAAAAAAUGAGACUUGUCACGAUUACUGCGGUGGUAUUUUUGCUCAGGCUUGUGUAGAAAACUGCUCUGUAGAUGAGGAAUGAUGAUCUCAUCAAUGCCGGUUUUCUAUCAUGAUCGAAAGGAUGUGCACGUGACGUAUUUUAUUCAAAAUGAUUGGAAUAAAUUAUUUAGGAGAAGAAUGAAUCGAUGAAAACUGGGUUCACCAAGGAAUCUAAAUUGUAGUGUUUUUAAAUGCACAUGUGAAAUGACUGCUUCUCAAAAAGUAUUAACACAUUGGAAACAUUCCUUUUCCCACGCUUCAGUUCAAGGAAGGAAACUUCCAAACAUAUUACAUUUAUUACAUAUACAUUACACUUUCAGGGUUCAAUUUUUUUUGCAGUUCCUCAAAUCUACAAAAUCCACUGAAUCUUGUUUUGAAAAGAUUUU